AUGAAGCAAACACAGAAGAGCGGACGCGAUCAGCAACGGUUGACGUACGGGAUGGAUCUUAUUGAAAAAAAGAUGAAGCAAACACAGAAGAGCGGACGCGAUCAGCAAGGGAGGAAGUACGUGAUGGAUCUUGAAUUUUUUGAAUUUUCCAAGAAGAAACUAGACGGUCCUAUGAAGCGGUUAUCAUCAAUGGAUCUUGAAUUUGGCAGAAACAAAGAUGAAAAACUAAUAAUCCAUAGCCAGAAACCCGAAAAAGUCUUUGACGGAAAAUACUUGUUGGUUUGUGAAAUUGGCAGAGGCGCAUUCGGGAUUGUCUACUACUGUAUAGAUAAAAACACUAAACGAGCUUUUGCAUGUAAAUAUAUUCCUAAAAACCCUAAACAUCCAAGUGCUGUUCAUGAGAUAUCAGUCAUGGCUAAUAUCCGUCAUCCAAAUGUUGUUAGUCUAAAAGACAGUCGUGUAGACGAGAAAUCAACACAGAUUGUAAUGGAGCUGUGCCAAGGAGGUGAUCUUUUGAAUCGAAUGGGCGACAGAGGUCUUUCUGUUACAUGCAAAAGUCUUUUUAGUGAACCAAUAGCCGCGCAUAUUUUGAAAUCCAUUGUGGAAGUGGUCAAGGAGUUUCACGAACACGGAGUUAUGCUUAGAGACUUAAAUCCGAGAAAUUUCGUAUUCGUUGAUAACAGGGACAACUCUGCUCUUAAAGCCAUUGAUUUUGGACUUUCGAUUGAUUUUAAACCGGGCCAGAGGUUUUCAUAUAGACCUGCAUGUACUCAUUUUCUGGCCCCUGAGGUUUUGAGACAGAAUUACGGACCAGAAGCUGAUAUAUGGAGUGCAGGAGUGAUUCUGUAUAUGAUGUUAGGUGGGCGAUUUCCAUUUUUUGCAAAAGAUGCGAAGAGUCUUGAGGCCCAAAUUAAAUAUGGGUUCGUAGAUAGGAUAACGAAUCCAUGGCCAAGGGUUUCCGACAGCGCCAAGAAUCUUGUUAGAAAUAUGUUAGAGGUUGAUGCUAGUAAGCGUUUCACUGCUGAGCAAGUUCUUAAUCAUCCAUGGUUACUGGUGAAUGCCAAGAAAAAUCCAACUAGCUGA